AUGCUCCUUAUCAUCACAUUCACGACAGCUUAUGACACUUUUCAGGUGAAACGGUCCUUCUUGGUGGCGGUGAGCAUCUUUGAAAUUGGAUCACUGAUCUGUGGUGUGGCGCCUUCCAGCACAGUCCUGAUCGUUGGUCGUGCCAUCGCGGGAAUUGGCGUUGCAGGCAUCUUCUCCGGUGCUCUAGUCAUCAUCUCCAUGACAGUUCCCCUGGAAAAACGACCCAUCGUUUUUGGCGUAAACGGCAUGGUUUGGGGAAUCGCUUUCAUUGUCGGCCCACUGCUUGGCGGAGCAUUCACUGAUGGCCCCUCUUGGAGAUGGUGUUUCUAUAUCAAUCUUCCCGUCGGCGGGGUUUCCAUCGCAGUCGUUCUCCUGGCCCUCCGCCUACCGAGGUAUCACACGGUAUCGGGACUGCCUAUCUUGCGACUUCUCAAGGAACUUGACUUGCUAGGUGCAAGCCUGCUCAUCCCGGCUAUCAUAUGCUUGAUUCUUGCCCUGCAAUGGGACGGAAAUGAUCAUGCCUGGAGAAGUUCUCACAUCAUCGGACUGUUUGUGGGGUUUGGUCUGUUGACGAUUCUUUUUGCCGCAUCCCAAAUCUAUGUGAGUAGAGAAGACGAAAAACCCCCACUAGGCCAGCAUGCCGCAAGGGCCACUUUGCCGCCUUCAAUCCUCAAGCAGCGCACCAUUUGGUCUGCCGGCCUGUUUGCAUUCUUCUUUAGCGGUGGCUUCUUCCUCCUGGUCUAA